UUGGAAGAGUCCAAAUUCCAAAGCUAAUCCUACUCGUGGAAGGUAGGGAAUCAGGGAGAGAGGAAGGGGCAAAUAAGAGGGAAUAAAAGAGAGAGAGAGAGAGAGGGAGAGAGGGAGAGAGAAGGAAAGACAGAGAGCGAAAAUGGAUAGGGUGUUUUCAGUGGAUGAAAUUCCGGAGCAGUUUUGGGCAUCACCACCAUCAUCAUCGAAAGAACCUUCCCAAAUGAACCGCAGCGCAUCUGAAUGGGCCUUCCAGCGUUUUCUUCAGGAAUCCUCCUCUCCUCCCUCUUCUUCUUCUGUUUCUGCCUCUGGUCCUUCUGCUGAAAACGACGUCGUCGAGCUCAAGGUUCCCAUCGAUGAUCCCAAACCCACUCCUGCUCCUCCUGCCCCUCCUGCCCCUGCCACCUCGUUGGAUCCGCCUCCCAACGUCCCCAUCGAUUCCGAGGAGUACCAGGCCUUCCUCAAGAGCCGCCUCAAUUUGGCUUGUGCUGCUGUCGCUCUCUCUCGGGCAUCUUUUGUAAAACCUCAAGAUUCUGCUGCUUUAGCUGACACUGGCUCACAGGCUUCCAAAACUUCUCAGUUGCGAUCUCAAGCUCCUUGUAAAGGAUCUGGAUAUGAUUUAUCCAGAGCACCAGAUAAGGAGGCUGGUGGACCACUUGGAAUUCCUUCUUUACCUGCCAUGCAAAAGAAAGCUGGGGCUCAGUUGAGGCCUACAACAAGUGAAUCAUCUAGAGAACAUUCAGAUGAAGAUGAAGUUGAAGGAGAAACAGAAACAAUUGAGAAUAUGGACCCUGCCAAUGCAAAACGUGUCAGGAGAAUGCUCUCAAAUAGAGAAUCAGCUAGACGCUCAAGAAGAAGAAAACAGGCUCAUUUGACUGAGCUCGAGACACAGGUUGCCCAAUUAAGACUUGAAAAUUCUUCUUUGUUGAAGCGUCUUACUGAUAUAAGCCAAAAGUACAAUGAAGCAGCUGUUGACAAUAGGGUUUUAAAAGCUGAUGUGGAAACAUUGAGAGCAAAGGUGAAGAUGGCUGAAGAGACGGUUAAAAGAGUUACUGGAUUGAACCCAUUGUUCCAAACCAUGUCUGAGAUAUCUAUGGCGGGCAUGCAUUCAUUUGACGGAAGCCCAUCUGACACAUCAGCAGAUGCUGCUGUUCCUGUGCAAGAUGAACCAAAGCAGCACUUUUAUCCAUCUCCUUCUAAUAACCUUAUAUCCACCCAUGACCCAAGAAUCAAUAACGGUUUGGCAGACGUUUCUUCAGUUGAAAGUGUGCUGCAGAAUCCUGAUGCUGCAGGAGCAGCAGGGAACAAGAUGGGCCGAACUGCAUCAUUGCAGCGAGUGGCUAGCUUGGAGCAUCUGCAAAAGCGGAUCCGUGGGGCUGUCAAUGGGCCUCAGGGCAGUGGAAACCAGCAAUAACAAGCAGAGCAUCCCAAGGAUGAAGCUUUUUGUUGAAGAUGUCAUGAACAAUUGAUUGUGUUGCAAUAUUUCUUGCAAAGUAUAUUGUCAUUGCAUGAUGUAUGAAACAACUCCUAUUCUUUGUGUUUAAAUAUAUUGUGAAUUAUGCUACAA